GGGAAGGUCAUUCUACCAACAGAGAGCCAGGACAGACAGCAGUCUUGAACAGUCUGGGCAGGAGUGGAGAGGAGGAGGGGCCAGACGACCAGUAGCAGCGAAGAGUAGGGAUCUGGCUGGUGUGUAGGGUCAGAUCAGACUCUGGAGUUUCAGAGUGGAAUAAAGAGCUGGGGAUUUUUAGAUCAGUCUUUGGAUCAGGACCGGGACAAAGUGGUGGGCCGUAGUUUUAAGUGAUCUUGAAGUGAAGAGACGAUGAGAGUUCACGCACAAACAAAGUUUUGCUUUCUCUGCGUCUUCACCCUCCUGUUCCAUCAGUGCACUCACUGUCAUGAAAGUGGCCACCACCAUGACCACCACCACCACAAUCACAGUAAUGGUCAUGACCAUGAUCAUGACCACGACCAUGUUCAUGAUGACCACCAAAUAUCAAAGGAGUCUUACGUGGGCCCAGCAGAUCACCCAAUGCCGAAACAGAAAGAAGCCACAGAGCAAGAGCAGCAAUACUACUACAUACAGAAGCUGUUCCACCGCUAUGGCCAGCAGGACCGGCUCGACUUCAGAGGCUUCCAGAACCUGCUGCUGAGCCUGGGUCUAGGCAAGUUGCGAGUGGUGGGACUGGAUCAUGACAACCUGGACCAUGACCACCUGGAACUCCUGGAAAUGCAGGAAGGACGGCAUUCGCAUUCACAUCCGAAGCAUUCCCAUGAUAACCACCACCAUGACUCCCAUGUAGUACCUGGACACUCAUGUAGCCCCAGUCUCACUGCAGUAGCUAGACCAACUGUAGAGAACAAGCCUCGUGGACGGAAGGGCAAGGACAGUGGACAUGGUCAUGACCAUGAUCAUGACCAUCACGUACAUGAUCAUAAACCUGAGCAUAACAGUACUUGGACUCAAAGCGUUGAUCAUGACCACAUGCAUAACAGUCACAACCCCGACCAUGAUCAUGACCACAACAACACUCAGACUAAAACACCUGACCAUGACCAUACACAGGACAGUCUUGAGCACUCACAUGACCACAUAAAGGAACAAACCAAUGACCUUGCGGGACCAUCUUUAGACAGCACCGCCCCUGGUAGGCAUGAGAAUAAGACACAUCAUCAUAGCCAUCAUCACCAUAAACACCCCCACCCUCACCACUACCACCACACUCCAGACACCACAGACCAGGUGAAGACUACACAAAUGACCUCGGCAUCUCUUCAGCUUAGCAAUCCUGAGGCACUCGCUCUCCAGCCCUUCAGUCAGCCUGCUACCUCAAUGCCUAUGUUGAUCAGGAGGCUACAAACAACUAAAGGACAGCAUAGACAAAGCAGAACACCCAACCUUCCCAUCAGCUCUGUGGUGGACGAUAGUGGGAAUGUCCAUGAGCAUGAUCACGAUCAUGACCACCAUCAAGGAAAGUCCAGCAAAGAAAAGCGCGCAGUACCAGGAGAGAUGAUAAACCCAAACUCAUCUUUGGCUGAUUUGUUUCAGGAAAUACCUCACCAACAUGAGGAGUGUCUAAAUCUCACUCAGCUGCUGCUCCACUAUGGCCUGAGUCCUGACUCAUUAAUUUCCCCAGCACAGUUCACCUACCUGUGUCCUGCCCUACUCUAUCAGAUAGACAGUCGCCUCUGUAUCCACCAUUACCACCAGGUCGACGUUCAGGAAGCGUCUCAAACCUCAGCAUGGAUCUGGUUGUGGGGCUUUGUGUCCAUCACCGUGAUCAGUCUGCUGUCCCUGCUGGGUGUUGUACUGGUGCCCAUCCUCAAUCAGUCCUGCUUCAAGUUCCUGCUCACCUUCCUUGUGGCGCUGGCAGUGGGCACACUGAGUGGUGAUGCCCUCCUCCAUCUGCUGCCUCACUCUCAAGGAAGCCAUGAUCACAGUCACAAUGAGCACAGUCAUGGAGCUGAUGAGGACACAGAUCUGCUCACGGAGUUUGAUGGUGUGUGGAAGGGUCUGACAGCACUGGCAGGAAUCUACCUUCUCUUCAUCAUCGAGCACUGCAUCAGGAUGGUCAAACAUUACAAAGACAAUGGGGGUGGCUUCUGUCAGAGGAAAAAGAGAGGCGAGGAUGGGAAGAUCGGGAAGAAGCUGUCAGAUCACAAACUAAACAGACGCUCGGAUGCUGAGUGGAUGCAUUUAAAACGUUUAGAUGAUGCUUCCCAGAGUAAUACUCCGAUGAUGGAACCGCAGCCUCCAGAUUCUCCCAGCAAGACUCCACUGGCCGUUAUGGAUACAGAGGACUCUGUAGGUGCUGAGGAAAACAGCAAGAAGGCAGAAACAAAGAAGCACAGCCAUGGCCACUCACAUCACGGGCACUGCCACUCAGAGAAGGACAUGAAAGAUGCCGGCAUCACUAGUAUAGCCUGGAUGGUCAUCAUGGGAGAUGGCAUGCACAACUUCAGUGAUGGGUUGGCUAUAGGUGCUGCGUUUAGUGCCAACAUUACAGGGGGUAUCAGUACAUCUGUUGCUGUCUUCUGCCAUGAAUUACCUCAUGAACUGGGUGACUUUGCGGUGCUGCUGAAGGCCGGUAUGACAGUAAAGCAGGCUAUUGUGUAUAAUGUGCUGUCAGCUGUCAUGGCCUACUUUGGCAUGGUGAUUGGCACAGCCUUGGGUCAGUACACACACAACGUCACAAGUUGGAUAUUCGCCAUCACUGCUGGCAUGUUCCUUUAUGUUGCUUUAGUGGACAUGUUGCCUGAGAUGCUGCAUGGUGAUAGUGAAGAUCACAACCACUGCCAGCUGGGACACUUUAUCUUGCAGAAUAUAGGCAUGCUCACAGGCUUCACCAUCAUGCUCCUCAUCGCCAUCUUCGAGGACCGCAUCGUGUUGAACUUCGACUUCUAGCUUUCUCUGCAGUGUCCUCUUAACGAAAACAUGGCACAAAGCAUCCUCAUGUCUCAUUUGUGUCCUUGUGUCUUCAUUUGCUCUCCAAGAGGCCUCAGUGGACAUGCAGACAAGAACAUUUCCAAUUUGGCUACAUUUCCAUCCUAAUUGAGUAAGGGUGUAAAACCUGAGUAAGCACAGUACAGAUGCAGAAAUGCAGACCUCUCCCUCUAUCUAUCUUCUAAUGCUUAAAACAUGUGUCCUACUGCUUGUCUUUAAUGUGUGUAUCAGCAAGUGAACAUCCACUUAAUAUCAAUACACAUCAGUCAGACUGAAGUCCGAUAACUGAAGGAGUAUCCCUUUAAUAUCAUGAUGAACAGACUGUUGAGAGAGGCAGCUUGUGCAGUCCAUGUGAGUGUAGUAGCUCAUAAUUAGGUGUUUUCAUUUGUAGUGUACUUGCAGGCCCAUUCAUGAAUAAAUGUGACGUCUCUUGCUGUG